CUAGGGAUUACUUCUACACAAUUCUGCUGUCCGCUACAGAUUAUUUCACGAUCCCCAACUUAGAGACCGUUUCGGUCUUCUAUGCUAAGAGUGACCCACCUUCCCCCACGUGACCUGCGAAACAACCGGACUCUACGAAUUGAUCGCGAGUGUAAUCUCACAAAGGCUCUUCCUUAACUGAUCCCCACUGGUGGCGUCGUGUCGGUCGGUUUUAUCAGCUGGUGAUUGGCCAGUUGAACUCUGUAAUCAGCUGGGAAUUAUUGGACAAUCCACCUAAUGGUUCUCUUACGCGCGAGCCUCCAUGGCGUGUGCCUCAAUCGCAGCCACACCGUCACAAUUUCCCACUAUCAUCACAUUCCCGCUAUUAGCGAAUCCCGUAAUUGCUGCGAACCAGCGAACGCGACAGCCGCAUCCCAGCACGAGCAACGCAGCACCGGGACCGCUUCGAGAGUCCCAUGCAGCACCGGAACCGCUUCCUGCCGACGAUCCCUAAGAAGCAGAUUCAUUCGCCAGGCGUCCUUCCUUCGACCGGUCAGCUCCUCGCCGAUUCUAAGAGCACGAGAACUUAUGUCUUUUCAACGAGGGAAGUCGGACGGGUCAAAGCUCCGUGCGAGCCUACACACAGACGCCACGCCUGGGAAGUUUCCUCGGGAGCCGCAGGUGCUGCCAUCUGACGACAGUGGGUCGGAUGACAGCGGCACCAGGCGGGGCGGCAGCAGCAGCUGGCAGCAGGCGAAGCUGAAGUGGAAGCCGCCGCAGACCGUGUGGCGGGCGUUUGCCACCCUCAUCAUGGCGGGGCAGGUGUCCGUCCGCGUGCUGACGGGGCGCGUCCACUGGCGCAAUCUGCUGACUCAGCUUCAGAUCGUGGGGCCAGGAUCGCUCGGAGUCUCCCUGCUGACAGCAUGCUUCGUUGGCAUGGCGUUCACCAUCCAGUUUGUGCGCGAGUUUGCUCGCCUGGGGCUCACGCGCUCCGUGGGGGGCGUGCUGGCGCUGGCGCUGUGCAGAGAGCUGUCCCCCGUGGUGACGGCCAUCAUCAUGGCUGGGCGCGUUGGCAGUUCCUUCGCUGCUGAACUGGGCACCAUGCAGGUGUCGGAGCAAACGGACACGCUGAGAGUGCUCAAAACCGACCCGGUGGAUUACCUGGUGACCCCGCGAGUGGUGGCCUGCGCGGUGGCGCUGCCAGUGCUCACGCUACUGUGCUUCACAGUCGGUAUGGCGUCGUCUGUGUUCCUGGCUGACGCCGUCUACAACGUCAGCUCCAACAUCAUCCUCGACUCCGCUGCUAGAGCCCUGGAGGCAUGGGACGUGCUGAGCAUGAUGGUGAAGGCGGUAGUCUUUGGGGGCAUCAUAGCGGAUGUGUCGUGCGGGUGGGGCAUGACCACGCAGGGGGGUGCCAAGGGUGUGGGCGAGUCAACGACAGCAGCGGUGGUCAUCUCUCUCGUGCUCGUUUUCAUUGCUGAUUUUGCUCUUUCAUGGUGCUUCUUCCAAGGCCCGGGGGAUGCGCUCAAGGCUGCUAUGGGGUAGAACUGGGGGGGGGCAGGAGGGAAGGCGGAGAGGGGAGGAAUGAGGCAGAGAGGGGAGGAGGGAGGCAGAGAAGGGAGGAGGGAGGCAGCAGGCGAGUCUACCACAGCAGCAGUGGUCAUCUUUCUCGUGCUCGUCUUCAUUGCUAACUUGGCUCUCUCCUGGUGCUUUGUCCGAGGACUGGGGGAUGCUCUCAAAGCAGCCAUGGGGUGGAAAAGGGGGGUGGUUGAGGCGAGAGGCAGGAAGUGAAGAUGGGCGUGGCUUGUGGGUGAGUCAACCACAGCAGGGGCCCGGUGUUGUUCCCAUAGCAGCCAUGGGGCGAGGCAGCCAUGUUGUAGAGAGGAGGGGAGCAGGAGAAGAGAUGGGAGAUAAAAUGCGUUGAAAGAAGCGUUUCGUUCGAUAUUGGUGCUUGUUGUGAGUGUUACAGAAGCUAUGUUUUGAUCAUGGCACGUGUGGUUACAUGAAUUUGUAGCACAUUGUAACAUAAUGGUGGCAGCUGUUGUGGCAAGGUAGCAUGGCAAGGGCUUUGCUAUGCUUGUGAAGUCUAUG